CAUUCAAAAUAUGUCACCGAGGAUCCCAAGUGCUCAAAAAAAACCCAAAAAAAAAAAAAAAUUAUGAACCCUAGUUCGUCCGUAAAAAGCGAUACUCAACCUGCCCCGCCUCCAACCGACGACUUUGAUGAUCUGUAUUGGCGCAUCAAGUAUGGCGCCGGCGGAGAACCAUCCGCCAAAAGACAAAAACAAUCCGAAUCCGAGGAAGAAGAUGGUCUCUUUCGUGAGCCCCCAUCAACAGACGACAUCAUGAGUUCGGACUCGGAAGAGGAGGAAUCCUGGCUCCUCGGAAGAACUGAAGAAGAGGCCGCUAAGAUGUGGCAUAAAUACAGCAGUCAGAUCAAGGAGAGCGGGGGUUUUGAUGUUGAUGAGGAUGCGUAUCCUGGAGGCUCCUUUGCUAUGUACGUGCCUUGCCCAGAAUUCAGGGAGGAUGAGGGAUGCUACGACUUAGUGAAGAAAAUGGCACGUGAGGCGGUGAAGAUCUUCAAGGAUGAUCGGGGCAAACAGUAUGAACUUGUGGAUGUUGAGAAUGUCGUUUGGACACUCAAUCGUCUGUAUUAUAUCACCUUUAAGGCCAAGCAACUUGAUGCCCCUGCUGAUGCCAAAGCUGAUGAUGUUGUGAAGACAAUGCAAGCGGUCGUUUUCGAUUGCUUCAGUCAUUUUCCCGUCCAAAGUUGCAGGAUUAAACCAACUAACUAGGCAGUUCAAAUUUGUUGGUUUCUUGUCUUAUCUUUAGUUGGGCUUAUUCAGUUGUUCUUAUAGGUCUACUAGUUUAUUUGUGUUUUUUGGCAUCUCGGAUAGACACCUUUGCCAGUAGUCCCGAGCUCAUGUUGAGUUUCAUCGUGCUGAAUAUCUAAAUUAGUUGUGAAUCAGACUUCCUUUGUUAUCUUGUCUUAGUAAAAGACAAUUUUCUGAAAGUUAUUGGUACGUCUGUCUUGUAAUACAUGGCUAACUUUGGGAGCAGUUGAAAACUGGCUUUAUGGUAAGAAUAGUGGCACAUCUGGAUUUUGCUA